AUGGAGGAAGUCGUGCAGGACAACCAAGUAAGGCCAUUGGUUCAACAGCAAGCACGCAUUUUGCCUCGUACCUCGCACCUCUUGCUCGCCGGGUUUAGAUAGCCCUUGAGUCAAUUGCCAGCACAUCACAGCGGCAUCAGGAUCCGGGCCCUGGGUUGAGGAACAAGCGUGUGGGGUGGAUUCGGAAGCAAUAAAAAGUGUUAAUAUCCACGUAGCCUGCUUCAUCUUCCGAACUGAUUGUCGGGGAAAGGCGUGAAAGUCCGUCUGCAUUACCAUGGUUGUGUCCAGCGCGGAACUGGCCUUCGAAAUCGAAGUCCUGUGAAAAUUUCUGUCAGAGGGCAAGCUGGUCUAUAGGGUCAUUGAUGAAGCUCAACCACUGUAGGGCGCGGUGGUCCAUGCGUAGGGCGAACCGUCGGCCGACGAGAUGUUUAUAUUGACUCAGGAGCAUCAUAGUCGCCAACAAUUCGCAUCUGAAGGUGGAGUCCUAACGCUGUGUUUUAGUGAGUAUGUUGCUGCGAAACAGACUGGGUGUUAUACGUCCUCCGUACCGACUUGAGAGAGAACAGUCCUGAUGGGAAACCCGCUUGCAUCAGUAUCUGGUAUUGAUGGGGGCGUCUCCGCCAACGUUUGCAAAAGCUAGGAAUGGUGCUGAGCAUAAUGCCGCACGAUGCAGAGGCGUAGAUAGCCACGCUCCUUGGGGAUUAAUGCAAUGGGCGAAACAUAUGGGGAGGACAGUCGGAUAAUCUUGGAACGUAGCAGUUCGUCGAGAAGCUAUAAUAAUAAUAAUCAUAAUAAUAAUCAUAAUAAUUAUAAUAAUAAUAAUAAUUUAGCGACCUCAUCACGAUGACAAACAGAAAUACGCUGAGGGGGUUAUCAAAUAGGCCUGGCGUUCCUCGUGUCGAUGGUACGCUGUACCAGUCCUUCAUGACUUAUAAUAUCCGCAGUCCACGCAAAGAGGUCAGGAAAAGAUGUGAGAAGGCCACUGGACUGCUUAUGGACGACGGGUCCGACUAUUAAAGGGAAGGCAAAACGUCGUUCAGCUGGGCAGGCUCUGGAGCUACGGUCGAAAGUACGGCAUUAUAUGUGAAAUCGAGAUCAUCUAUGAGGGCUGAUACUGGGUAGAGGUACGGGGGAACCUAACACUAGGCGUUUACACCGGAUAUAGAUAUCACAGUCAUGGUCUGUGAGGAAAUCAAGCCCGAGCACGAAGGGCCAAGUGCUAACGGGGAUUAUUAAGGAGUCAUAACUCGGAGUGGAAUUGUUGAUAAAGAACUGUAGGGUAAUACUGCCAGAAAUAGGGUGCCAUUAGCAGCCGGUCAAUGACGAGCUGUCGGUUAUAGUUUAUAUGCCUAAGGAAAUCUUGCAGUAAACUGAGGACAUUGAGGAGGGAAACUUUGGCGCCGGUGUCGAAUAAGGCUGGCAAUGACUGGUCGUCAAGUGUAAUGUUAUGUGAUUGUGGACAAAGUGGCAAGCCUGGGGGCCGAAUGUCGUGCAGUAUACACAGUGGAGGUUAUGGCGAGGAAACCGCAUGGGUAGAGGUGCCCUCCGGUAGAGCGGUCGGAAUUUUGGAUGCAGAGUAGCCGUACUGAAGGCCGGGGUCGUUCUAAGCCCUUGAAAUAUGAAGUAUACAGUCGGCAUUGCCGCAUCGUAGUGGUCAACUUGGUAGGUGGGUAGAGAAGAAGAAUAUCGGUAGCGUUGGGUUCGCGGAGUUCAAUUGUAAAAUGAUGAAACGUGGAGUUGUCGCGGUUCGGUGUGAGGAGGUUGAGGAAUGCCAACAAGGCAAGGGGGACAGCCUAUUGGCAAAAUCGUCGACCGAUUGAUCACACGUCUGUCUUAACAUGGGGAACCAUUCGGCGGCCACUUCUAUGGACAGUGGCAUGUCAGAGAGCUGUAAAACUGCUAUACGAGCUAAGUCGAACGAAGACGCGUGGUUGAUUCCGCCGUUGGAAACAGGCUUACGCGAGGGGGGCGGAAAGAGAUCGUAAAGGAUAUCAUGUAUGAUGGGCGAUGGGGCACUUACUAGAAGUAUAUCCAAACGGCUAGGCCAGUCAUAGACAUUACGAUCUGCUUCGUAUGAUUCAGGGGCUAGCAAAGGGGUGGGACCGAAAGUGUAAGAGUUGUCAAGCGUAGGGUUAGGAAUUGGGGUUAUCCCCUGCCGCCAUUGUAGCAGCCGAGAGAGGGAACGGCGUCAAAAUACGAAUGAUGUUGGAAGGGGUAGACGGCAACUUAAACUUAGACGGUCAAGCCGUUUGGAACAUCCUGUCUAGAAAUCCUUGUAUCUCACAACGGGCGUGAUCGGGUGAUACAGGCAUGCGGGACAGCGUACAAGGCAGGACAGGUGAUGAAAAGAUAUAAAUUUAUUGCCGACUAUAAAAAAUGAAGAAAUAUUACAAAGUGGAUUGCAGUAAUACGGAAAGAACGGCUGGACGACUUACCGGAGAGGGGUUGGGCGUUACUCGUCCACGCGUGACCUUGGAGGUAUAGUCCCUACAAGAAAAUGACGGAAGAAUACCAUCUAAUGCGAAUGUCAGUUAAAGCAUCCCAGGUCAGGGUUCUUGUCAGAUUUCCGGCUGGUGUACUGCAGCGAAGAAGUCUGGCUGAUCUGACGAAACUGCCCUUGAAGACAUCGAGGAUAACGCAGGUAUUACACCAAAGCAAAAUAUUUAGUGUAAAAAACGUAGCCAAUCAUUGCGCAGGUGAAGACGAUCAAUAGGAAACUCGUGGGCAUUGGUAACCCUACAAGAUUACUCCCACGGCUUGGCCAAGCUGUUCGUCCCUGGCUAGUCUGGGCUGGCGGACAGACUGUCUUCCUAGGUUAUCUUUUGUCCGAUAUACUAAAUAAAUUAUUAUAUUCAUCUCCUCGUUUACGUAGUCCACUGUUGUUUUCUGGGUUACUUGUGAGGAAUGGGUUUCAUUUUUCCGUUACGGUGUUUCCCACCGUUUGCUGAUAGCCACCUUUACCGACCAGUAUUCGCCUUUUCGAGUAGAUCACACUACGUGCACUCUACUUGUGUCAGAAGUAUCCUGGCCCAUAUUUAGUUUGAAUUGUCAGCAAAUACUGUUGUAAUUCGUCGCAGCAUGCUCUAGAGCCGUGUCAUGGCGAAGUUCUUUUACCUUGCUCACAAACGACCGCAUUUCAUUUGGUGGGGCUUUGACGCGAUCCAUUUUACGCGGCACAUUGUCUCAACACUUAUUACGCGGAUGCCAUGCAAAAGCUCGAACACUUCUUUCGCCGACUUUCUUUCCCUGCUCAAUUGCCCAUGCGAAAAAUGUGAAUUAAUACCGCAAGUUCUACUCCGUUAUUUCGACUUGAAAUUCACUAGUAAAUGUCUCAAGAAAGUAUUCAUAAAACCGUAGGAGCCUGUUGAGACCCACUUAUAUGGCGAAUUCACACAUUUAUGUCAUGCGAUAUAACAGACUUGGUGAAAUCUUUGGUACUUUAGUUAAUACCAUUGUUGGUAGGCUGGUAAGGCAAUUUUGUUCACAAACGCAUCCGUAUGUACUUGUUAGAUUUUCAGCCGAGACCAUUAAAGUACAGUUAAAUGCUUCCAUAAAACCGGGAUCUGCCUGAAAAAUCUGUUCGUUGUCUUCGCAUGGAACCCAGAGAUUUAGCGUCCCCACACUUUCAUCUGUGCCCGUGAGAGUCCGGCCUGAAUGUUUUGUCAAUCUUAUGCGCAAUCUCAUUUUUCAAAAUAAACUUACAACUGUUUGCCUUAUUCCGGGCUCCUGCCUUCACGGUGUUGCAAGAAGGCCAUUAUCCCAGAUGAAUGUAAUUAUUGCUGAUUUUGUUCCCGAAAAACGGUUAUUCGUUGUCUUAUUGUCAACUGAGACCAUUUGCUACUAACCAGUUAUCAUUCAACGUCCGUGAUCGGUCAUUUCCCACUUCGUUUGUAUAUCUGGGAAAAUAUUUGUUCUUGCAUCCCAUAGAUGUUGCUCGGCAGUUCUUACGCUGUCACUCAUGCCUCCUUUUCUGCAGCUUAAUUCACUGCGUCCAACUAAGUUCUAUUGCAAAUUCCACCCAUUCAGCUGCGUCUACUAUUUAUUAUAUAGCAUUUUUUAACAUUUCAUCCAUGUGCUGCUUUUUUAUCAUGCCCACAGUAAUUCAUUCGUUGCCCCCAGUCAACAUGUUGCGAACUCUUGUCCAUGGAUCAGUCUUCUCCAAACCCUUCUUGUCACUUUGCUGUCUCGAAACUACGACAGCCGAGGCCAUUGACCCGAAAACCGAGCUUAAGAAGACGACUUCCAAGUCAUCCUCUGUCGUGGGACCAUUCAAGCCUCUCAUAAUUCCCGGUCUCUGCACCACCGAGACCACGCGAACGGAGUUCUAUAAACCGAAAGUACAUGUUUUGGUUUUCUUCUUGUUAACCGUCGAAGUUUUCCAGCUUACACGAGCACAAAGUUGAGGAAGUGGAAAAAUGGACCACUGUUUGGCCUGCCGAGAAUUUCUUUAGCCCGAGUCUGUUCCCUGUGCCCAUUCGUCAAGGUCAUAGCAAGGUCAGUGUAUACCCAUGUUUUUCCUUCUUCCAAAAUCUCCAUUGUCUUCGUUAUUGUGUCGACGUUUUCGUUUUAUUGGUUAUUGUCGGGGAAGUUGACACAUUGAAGCGCUGUCGACGCAGAUUGUGAAAACGUGCCCCUUCAACCCUGUUACUUGGCAAUCUUACCUAUAGCCUGCGUAAUCGAGUUUGACUCAUCGAUAGGAUAGCUGGGGCCGACAAAACGGCUAUAUGCUAGACGCUUCUUCACGGUCAUUGUGGUCGAGUAGCAGAUUUCUUCAAAUCCAGUCGAGUUCAAAUCGCAUGCUCCGACGCUUUUUUCCGUCUUUCUUUCACACUAUGUCGAAUAUUCGUCUUUCGAAAGCUUUCUACUCCAUCUUAAGGCCACUCAUGAUAACAGGACGGUCAUUUCAUCCUGGCCCCACCUGGUGUCCAGUUCACAUAUUCUCCCGGUUCAUUUGGUACAGCCGCCAUGAUGCCCGAUAUAGCCGACCUCAAUGAUGCCGCGGAUUGCACGUCAUAACGCGUGAAGAUUCGUGAUAACGGAUCUGGACAGUUCGGCCCAUUCUCUCUUGCAGCAACGGCGACCGACUAACGAAGGUCCAAGAACCGUUUUCAUGUGUUAACUAACUGUGUCGGCCAGGUUUUGAUUUGGUCUCCUUUUCGACGCCUACGGGUGGCCAGCGGGGCUGGAUCGAGGGCAGCAACAUUUAGCUCACGAGUCUGACUACGGACGUACCCAAACCACCUCAGUCGUUUCUCUUAGAUGGCAUAAGAUGUCCUCGCGAUGUUACCUGAGUGGGUACGAACUGUCUAAUUUGAAACGAAGUCGGUAUACUACACUCGAAGGAUGGUUCUCAGGCGACGGCAGUCAAAUAACUCCAGUUUUCGCCCAUCUAUCACACGCAUAACCCAGCAUUCCCAAUCGUUUAGAAGGACUCAUUGAGCUGAUGCCAGGCACACGCGGAUUCCCGCUGCAGUAGAGAUACCGCUUCGGGUCCAAAGGCUCUUUUAAUGGAUUGUGAAAACCUUGAGAGCGGCGACGAUUUGGGAAACAAUGUCGUCUUUACUCUGUCCGCUCGGCAGUAGCCUCACACCGAUGUUUUUGAAAUUAUCCACUUCUUUAACUUUACAGCCACUAAUCCUGACGUGGGAUUUCGUCCUGGUCAGGGCUACAACUCGAAAAUAAUUUGGUCUUCCCAGUGCAUAUGGAUAAAGCGACCGAAGCUGCGACAUCAUUCAGCCCUGACCCCACAGGGUGAAGAUCACCAAAGCUUGAGACCAGUAAAACGAUAUCGUCAGUCUAGUCGAUAUCAGUCAGCCCACGUCCGGUUACAUACUCCGCACCGUCAAAACCCAUAGGGACCUUCCGAGAAUCCAGUCAAUGUCAUUUUUGAACCGAAUGUGCGACAGAAUAUAACCUUGUCGAACAUCAGAUCGGAUAUCGAAUGGUUGGAACAGAUCAUCAUGGGCCAAAACUCGCGCAUUGUUGCAGCGGUAGUAGGUCUUAAUCAUAGUGAUGUUUUUUUGGCUGCACACAAUCUAGUUCCUUUAUCCGUCAAUGGGGCCCACGAUAGACCGAAUUGGACGCAGAGGCAAAGUGAGUAAAGCAAGAGACCAUCGGUUGCUGGUAGACAUGAAGGACUUCCAUAAUGCGCCGCAGUGUGAAUAUUUCGUCCAUAAAUCCACACCCAGCUCAGCAUCCGACUUGGCUGGGCCUCGUCCUAGAGUCGCGCACAGUCUAGAAUCGCCGAGGACAACAGCAAAGACCGUCGCAGCAACGUCGAUGAGACUUAUGUUGCGGUAUUUUUCACACUUUGUCUUAUCUCCUUUCAUGAAGACAGGCACGAUGACACCCAAGCCCCGGUCAUCAGGAACGACUUCAUCUCCCCACACUUGCUCAGUUACCUUGUGGAACCAAGGCGCCAAAGGGUCGAUACAAGACUUGUAGAUUUUACCGGAACUACCAUUCUCUUCGGGCGUCUGGUUGUUAUGUUGUCAUUUAUAUUGCGUCGACGAUUUUCCUCACGGAGAGUGGUCGCAUAACACCGCAUAGUCUGGAGAUGGGUGAAACUCCGCUGCGAAGGCUAUGAUGGGUUGUGACUUGUUGAAGCUGCGUCACGUUCAAGCAACCGUUUUGGCAGGUGGACAAAACCAGAUGAGGAUUGAAACUUUACUUCCAACGUCCUCGAGUUUGUGUGUAAGGCCUGGCUCAGUCAUGGGAAAUUGGCUUAAUUCUUUGUAAGACGCGGAGGCAGUUUAUUGCAGUUCGACUGUCGAUUCCUACCAUGCUCACCUUGCGCCCCACAGCAGGGUGGGUCUAGGGACGGAGAUUUGCGCGUGAAUCAGUUUAUAGUGACAUUUGACUUGCGCAGCAUCUACCGCACUCUCUCCCCCAUCGCCCACUCACCUGGCCCCGGUCUCAAGGCAGAGUCAAAAAUGCCAGAGGCAGAAUCGGGCACAGUGGCUGGCAAAGCUGCGUGUGCCAGACGCGCCUGGUCCGCGCGCAAUAAACCACAGCACUUCAGAGUUUUCGAUUUCUUCGUAAAAGACGUUGUCUGGUCGGCGCUGAGCAGUGAUGCGGUUGCUUUGGUCUUAGAACCGUAGACCGUCCUGAUUGACGCAGAGAAAUCCCCUUUUUACUUACGGUCCGCGUGUCCUUGUAUUUCCCGGCCUUGCUACCCAUUCACGCAUUUUGCAUCUACCGCAACCGUUGCUGCACCAGGCGGCGACACCAAAGAAAGGCUGCACUGUUUGAGUCGGUCCCGCGGUUGGCAUAGGCUUUGCGCAGCCUAUUCUCAACAAGCCGUUCGGCGAUUUCUGCGUCAAUGUCAUGGUGUUGGCGGCGUGCGCGACCCAGAACAUCCAUGGCGUCAAAGCGAACUGUGUUCCGCAGUUGACACUAGCGUGUCUCGACGGUGACGUUGUCAUCAGAAGCCAGCGGGUGUUGGACCAGUUUAUUGUUAAAAUCGAAGCGGCGAGCGGACACAUUCAACGCAGUGUAUGUAACUUACCCUGUGGCAGGUUGUCUUGCACUUUCCUAUGAGGCAAUAACCGACGCCUCAGCUUGGAGAUGACGAGGUGGCGAUCCACCAGCCAUCGGCGUCGCAAAUCACCAGCACGUCCUCUCGGUGUCGUCACCGUCGAGAACGUAGUCCAGCAUGUACCAACGCCGCGAGCCAGAGUGUAUCCAUGUUGCCUUCUCCCGCGUCCGAAAGCAAAAGGUGUUGGUCAGGGGAGUCGGUGUUCUGUACAGGUUGGCAGAAUAAGGAGGCCGUUAUCGUUGCAGCCCUCAAUUGCGUAGGCAUCUAGCACUCCCUCCCGGGCGGCGUGGUCUGUCCCGACGCGGACAUUGCAGUCACAGAAGACAAGUGGCGCGAUUUACCCUAUCAACAUGGUUUAUUCCUAACUGGACACACCUACACGCUGGAGGUUUUACAGUAGGCUCACUGUUGGAUGGCCCACCUGGACGUAUCAACAGCAAUAGAGGAAGCUUCGGUUUCGGUGGUUACGAGGCACGCAUUCUUCCUUACCAUUUGAUCGGGUUUUGCAACUACAUCUUGUCGGCACAUGGUUUUGCUCAGCUUUACGUGAUGAUACCAGUUUGGGGUAGCGCCCUCUGGCAGCUGAUUUCGUCGGUUCUUGUCGCCUAUUUACAUCCAUGAGUGUGCCAUGGUCUAGUUUACUCCAUUCAAUUUGGCUUGACCCUGUCUGUCCGACUUACCGAAGUAGGGUGCGGGCGACGGAAGCUGCUUCGCCGUCGGAAGGUGCAUAUGUGUAUAAGCACCGCACGCCGGUCUGAUAAGAGUAAAACGGGAUAGGCGGUGCAUAGACUCACGAUAUAGUUCUCCAAAUUCUGCAUAUCAUGUGUGCAUUCCGAUCUUCCGCAUUUUAGAAUCUUGUGGAAAACGAAGGCCUUUCGCCCGCCAAAUAUGCCAACACAGAACUCAUGAAGAUCCCUAACUUCCUCCAUCUGUCCCCCGAACACAUUCGAAAGCAUUGUGAGGCUUUAAAGAGUAAGUUAUCCCUCCACACUGACUCUUUCCCCCAGAAUUCACCACAAAAUGGCCCGAGGGACUCAAGACGGAGGAUGAUGUGGAGAAGCACUAUCCACUCGAGGUGGUUUACCGCACAUUCCUGAAUAGCGCACCGUCUAUACGUGAUCGACGCGCUCGUUUUGUAACUCUGCGCAUCCCCUUGUCUAAUCUAAAGUUAGACAAGCGAAGCCAUUUGAAACUCCUCCGCCUGGCCAAAUCCUACGGUUUUGAGCGCGAUAUGGCACAGUACUAUGCGAAUUCAGACACAUUGGAGUUGAAAUCAGGCCGUUGUCCAGUGAGGCGACAGAACUACGACUAUCUUACAUAUGUGCUCACCGUGCUUACGAUGGAAUCCAAGGUUAACUGACUUCUAUAGCAUGCCGAGCUUUUCAUCCCCCACUUAUAUGAUCAUUAUAGCUACAUUUGCACGCGUCAGACGUAGGUUUCGCGUCACCCCAUCUGCUAUGCCUACUCUUAUCGCCAGUCUGCUUUUCCCAGUCUUGUUGCCUGUGUAGGGGAGAAUAAUGAGCGUUACACCGUUCCAACUGCCACGACAUGCGAACAGGCGAGCCUUAUAGGGUCGCUAGCCGCCGGAAUUGUCAUAGUCAUAACCAUAGAUAAGUGCUGACAUUGACUCCUAGUCCCAGUGCCUUUACACUUUCUUUGUGUUUCAAUGCGUACCUAUUCGUGCUUAACUAGGAGAGGUUAGGACUUUGCAUAAAUUUGUUACGAGUUUCUCAAGUAGAUCAUAAGUUAGAGGGCAUAAUCAAGACAGCAACCCUUACGCUCCAUCUGUAUAGCGUCAGUCCCACUUCCCAUUGAAAUUGAAGGGGUGACAGGCUUUCAGAAGAAUUACGUAACUGCGUACUUCUUACGCGAUGAAAUACUGAGGCCGUAGCUUCAAGUCGCAACUCUUGAUAUUAUGAUGCAGACAGUCUUAUCUGUCUCGAAAACUCUAGUUUUUCAGAAGACAGAAUACUGGUGAAUGACGUAUCUAAGUAUGAAGCUGUUUACUAUCUACAGAAUUGCCACUUUGAGGCCAAGGUACUAUUAGCUACAAUAUCAUUCGUUCGCUUAGAAACACGAGGCGUGGGAAGACAUGGACACGGGAAGUUAUCUCGACUUCAAUUGGUCAUCGAGUCCCCAGCGGGAGCGCCUCCUCAAACUCCUCAGCUCUGGAAACAAGACUCCAACAAAGUCGCCGAUAAGUUCCGAGGUAAUUCUAGUCCAUGUUUCUUGCCAUAGAACUCCUUUUAUUCAUCCAACGGUUUACGUUUACGCUAGAAUGAUAAAGUCUCUCUGUGUGUAUAUACUGCUGGCAAAUUAGCGGGACUUUCUUUAGUCCUGCUGUUUUGCUUAUAAACCUCUUUAGAUUUAUGAUUAUACGUUGCAAUACAGUGGAUGUAAGCUUUAUAUCAAUCCGUAUGAGCGUUAACAAGACCACGGAACUUAUCUUUUUAGAACAGCCGGGUAAUUGCCCAAAACUGCAUUUUCCGCGUACACGCGAUGUCAAAAUUACACAGGCUUUGACUACGCUAGCAAUGUCCACUUAUUAGCGUCACGUUUUCAUCACGCGGGUUAGUGUCUCAAAUGAGCAAAUUAGUCAGCUCGCGCGGUUCUUUCAUAACCACUAUGACACCAAGGUAUUCUUGAUAUGUACCUCGGACCAGGAGGAAGUACUCGUAACUGCUAGCGGUUCAUUUGAAGAAGGGACCUUUUGUAAUGCACCACGAAAUGGGCAGGUUUAUUUGAGUGAACCGAAGUCUCUUUUGGAAGGAUCUAGAAUGGGGAUGUAGGUGAAGAUUACCGGUGUCCCUUCCCCCACAACUGCUGACAAUCCGUCCCAUGACGCUGACAACAGCACUCUUAUUUACGUCAGCAUUCUUCAUGGCUCUUCUCUGCAGUUGCUCGCAGCGCUGCACUCCCCAUCGACUGUUAGGCAGGCAGGACAACAUCACUACCCGUUCAGACGGAUCGUUUCUAUGCUGCAACAGUAUCUAAUAUGUUGUAUUGUCUCGGCUUUAUUGUUUCCUAAGUGUUUUGCGUUCAUCUGAACCCCUUUUCUGCCCCUUUCGUCUGAAGGCUCGUAAUGGCCUGCUUUAACAACUCUGUUCAGUUCAUUCCCCGUCGUGAGUAUCCCAAGUGUUUUACAUUAACCCGAUCCUCGGUCGCUGCAUUUAACUAUAGGUGUUUAAGAAACUUUAACAAAGCAUCUAUUGUUGCGCCAGCAGAACUGAAGCACGUCAGCAGACAAUUUUAUUAACUACCUUUAGCCUAUGAACGCGUAUCUAUGUCUAUUAGUCCAGAACAAAGUACUGAAAACAUAUGCAAGGAGUUUGUUAAGCUACAAACUAUACAAGCGGAACGAGCCCAAGGUUUCUGAGCUCACCAAUUUGACUAACGGUACAGUUAGAUCCAGAUAGGCGAAGUGGCAAUUGAAGGGAAUUUUAUCAAAAUGAAGGAAUGUGUAGAAUUUUCGGUUAAAUUGAUCUGCCUAGUGUCAUCGUCUAUCUUAAGUGAAUUUGAGUUUUCGUGGAAUCAGGGGCGGUGGUUCCUUGUAUCACAGGCUUUUUCCACACUUUAUUCCGUCAUUUGAAAUGUGCUUGGCUUCGCCACACCUUGGCGUCCUUUUUUCGUUUUCGGCCUUCUUUCUAGUCUCUUAUGCUCUUAUUUUUAGACUUUCCACUGUCUGCUCCUCAUAUUAUUUUUCCCACUGCUGGAUGCAGCAUAUCCGCUUUUUUCUUCCCGGAUGGGUCCCUGUCGAUAAAUUUUCCUCUUUUCUGAUCUGCUCAAAACAUGUUAUGAGGUGCUUUUUCCAAAGAAUCUCUCUAAGUCAAAGAUCUCAAGUAACUCCAACCUACCAUCCUAUUUCAGUUGUGUUAAGAACGCAAGCCUUUUAUACUCUUCAGGGAAGAGACUCCGACUUUCUGAUCUUCGCGGCCCUGGAUUUUAAAGUCCCAGACAAGGCAUCUUUGGGCCUAGUUUCUGAACAGUGUUGUACUGCUCUGUAGGGACCUGUACUGGUUUACAUCGCGUUGAUUUCGUCAAUUGAGCAGACGGCUUACACCCUACACUUUCCUUAGUUGUGACUAAAUAGUAUCGAUUGGCAUCCUUACCCGCUAUACAAGCUACGUCUUAACUUAGCAAAUAGUCAAACCCCCCUACCUACGGCUGUUGGCGGUGAGCAACGAUUUGCAAGAGUAGAUUAUGACUUUACAACGGGUAAUCUUAUCGAGACCUAUUUUCCUUCCAGUUUGAUAAAUCGCCUGCCGUACUGUCCUACCGACGAGCCCUGGAAGAAAUGUUCAGCACGCCGACGGAUGAGUUGUGCGGUCCCUGGAAGAAACCGCCCAAAGUGCCCAAACGGAGGCACUACCACUGGCCCCCAAUCCGCGAUAUCCCUUUCGAGCCUGUGGUCGGCGCCGACCAAUCCGUUCAUCUCCAAUCCUAUGGCGAGGCCGUACGUAAGCUCUGGGGUUUAUCGCCAACCUGAUUGUGCGCGCGCUUACGAGACUUUUCUUCACUCAGCCCUCCGUCGCGGUCUCCGUCCCAUGCCGCUAACUUUUAUCGACAUUUCUAAUUAGACGAGCUUUUCUCGGAAUAAUCAUCCUUUUGCAGACAUGCAAUGAAUGUGAGACUGUUUCUUUCUUUUGGAAAACUGCCCACAAUCUUAGUUUUUUCCGUCGCCACCAUGAUUGGUAGUUACCGUCUUCAGAUAGGUGGUUUUGAUACGCCAAUCUAAUACGACCAGGUAGACCUACGAUUGUGAGCCUCGUAGGUCUUCUAGUUGAAGCGUACGCUAGUUGAAUUAGGGUAGGUAAAAGUUGGGGAGCUUCUGUCUCCACUCCCUUAAAAGGGAACUAAGUUAGGCUGUGGUGGUUAUGGAAAUCAAAUCAAUGAGCUUUGUCCCAGACUUGUCCAGGGCAUGCAUUGCAGUUUGAGACAGGUAGUCUCUUCUGAUGUUCGUGAAUGCAUGUAUAGGCAGAUUUUCCCUCUCGACCGCAGUAAACUACGUCACAGGCCUCGAAUGGGAUCUUGUACAUGACUUCCUUCCUACCCAGCCGGCUAACCCUAUCCUUGGGGUGUAAAAACUGGUUGGGUAAUGUAGUUGUCGGUUUGUGGGUCACUUGAAUUUGGUAUUGACUUAGAGGUUUCCUUAGGAGGUUCACACGCAUUCGUAGUGCAAGAGAGGGUUCGCCAGAUAUUUGGUUUAAGUGCGUGAUUGGAAGAGACGAGAGGCAAUCAGAACAGAAUAGCACACACGGCUACCGCUCAAUGGCGCAAACGCCAGACAAUUAUCAGUCUUCUAAAUGCACUCGUCAUGUUAACUGUUUGCUUUGUGCCUGACGCGACCUGGGAAACCGGCGUCGAAAAUAUUCACAAUAAAGUUCCCUUUCCCGAAGAACGUAUUUGACUUCAGCUUGUAUUUCUUGGGAAGCCAAAAUAUUAUGGGGGGCGAAUUCAUUAGAUUCCAGGUACAGUUAGGGUUGAGGUUGAUGGUUUCGGACAGCGUUGCGAUCACUAAAUCCCUAUCCUAACGCUGGCCGUUGACUCAUGUCGACAACCCUUAUUACUGCAGGGUGUCAAAUGCACUCUCGGGUGCGCCGCAUCGUGUGACGAAAAAUAAAUAUUCCAAACUACCCCACAAAUUUAAGUAGCAAGUCGAGCGUUAUUGAAAGUGUGGCGCGAAUUUGGUCCAGUCGAAGUCGUUACGUGGGAUGCUCGGUUUUUGGUAUCGCCGCGGCGUCUCAAUCAUCCCGAAACUGACAACUAGGCCGCGCUAGGAACUGCCCCUAUCUGCUGUUGUUUGUGGUGGUGGGUUCGAGCAGGAAUAUGAAAUGUCAGGCGAAUAAAGCACUUGUUCCAGCGAUCGUGUCUCUUCAAAGCUGAGCAGCCCGUCCAUGUGUGCCACACACAACCUGUUCCUGUCAACAUGCACCAGACGAUCAUGCAACGGUUUGGGGUUCACAUAAUCGAAAUGGCAUAAAGGCAACUCUGAGAAUGAACCAUCUCAGAUUGGAUUUCAGUUCUCCAGUCUCUACAAAGUGCUCGCAUGGAGACCGAGUUCUCUCGUCAGGUGGCAGCCUUCCAGACCUCGACUACUAGCGCGUCCUGGUAGAUUAAAGUGCGUCUGAUUUCUUUUCGUGGGGAGUGCACUGGUGUGCGGUUUUGGCCUUGCUAUCUCUUCCCUCUUCUAUGCCCUAGUCGACUAUCUGAGCCUGCUAACCGAUCAGAGAUAGAGGUUGAGAGCAAUCGCUGACAGAGCUAAGGGGUGGUAGAGGGGCGCUCACUAAUCGUUUUUACAGAAAUCAUUCGUCCCAUUGUAUCUUAGGGCCCUCUCUCAAGCCCGACCAGCAGCCACACAGCGGCACAUGAUAUAGGCAGAAUAGCAUUACCGGCAAAGACAAGAGAGACGGGAAUGCCAAUUUCUGGCUCACUAGCCGUCGUCAGUCAGUCAUACCCAACCCCGAAGUGUGGAACGCCUGGGGCUCGAUCCCGUGACCUGUCGGUUAGAAGUCCACCGUUUCUAGCCACUGAGCCACGGCCUCGUCCUGCUGGUCGCGAUCGGGAAUAUACGAUGGUAGAGGGGUGCUGAUCAGGCGCUCCACUCUUCGGCGUUUGGCAUGACUGGCUGACGACGACUCCUGAACCAGAAAUGGAUAUUACAGUCUCUCUUGUCUUUGACGCUAAUGCAAUUCUGUCUAUAUCAUUCGCCGCUGUGUGGUUGCUGGUUGGGCUCUAGUGAUAGAGGGCUCUAAGGCACAACGGGACGAGUGAGUUCCGUUAAAACGAUCGGUGAGCGCCCCUUUACCAUCGCAUAUUCCCGACCGCAACCGACAGGACAACGGACCCGUGGCUCAGUGGUUAGAGGCGUUGGACUUCUAAACAACAGGUCGCAGGGUCGAGUCCCGGGUGUUCCACGCCUCGGCAUUGGGUAUGACUGACUAGCGACGGCUAAUGAACCAGAAAUGGCCAUUCCCGUCUUCCUUGUCUUUGUCGGUACUGCUAUGAACCUAAACUGCUCGUCUUUAUGUGCCAUGACCUGAUUCUCACAAUAUUUACAAGACUACGUCGACGGACAUGUCUUCCGUACAAGCUCAAGUGCGCGACGUCUAGCCUGCCAUACCGACGCUGACAAAGUGGCUCGCAUACUUGGUACAAGUGAGAGGCAUGGAGUGUUAGGAGGGGCGGUGUGUAUACGUUUGAUGAUGAGCAGGCUCAUAUGAAGCCUGGGGAGGUGUAGCAGGCAGGCCCAGGUGGUAGGUUUUUCAUUCGAAGUUUUCAUGCAGACGCAUAUAUUCGAACGAGCCCAUGUGAGGAACGAAUGUCUUCGGGCAAGCGAGACGGGGACUCGCGACACUGCCCCGCCGAUCUCGGUAAGACGGAUUUGCAAAUAGGCGACCGAACCGAUGCGUGAUUUAAAUGUGCGGUGGCUGUGCAAAUAGGAUGGGACCGUUGAUGAUGGUGACGCUGUUAGUGGUGGUGGAGUCUGUAGUGCUGGAGGUAGAGGAGCUUUCAGGUUUUGUACUUGGGCGGGUGGGUUGCAGUGACGUGGUGGUUAACCAUGGUGUCGUAUAUGCGCGUAUGGCCGAAUAGGACCAUGCAGUGUCAGAAUGCCCUUGGACUGUGGGCAACUAAGGAGUGCAUGGCGGGUGUGUGUUGGGACCCCAGGCAGUGGUCCGCCGGUCCGAGUUCCAUGGACUUGCAAGUGGUCGAUGUGAGACUCAAGUUUUCGGUUGCAAUGAAUCACUGUUCGUACUCGCAUUAGACAUCGGAUAGUUAUGUCGGGCAUUUAUAGCCAAGCCUUAAUCUUUGAAAUUAUGAACCGCAGAAACAUAUAUAACGCCAGUGGGCACAGCCUUUACGGUCACAUAGGGGCAGUAUUCACAUAUCUAGCCUACAAGACGCAAUGUCAGCCUCUGGGUUCGGUUUGGAGUUCCGGCCAACCGCACUAGCACGAGGUGAGGCAUUGACGAGCAGACACUGAGUUCAGUGUAGCCUUGGAGAACUUUUGUUAAAGCGUAGGAACUUGGGAACCGGGACUUUCAUUUGUGCCUCAAAUGCCGAAUCCUGGCAUUCUCCGAAUGGUUGCUCCGGACCCCUCUUCACUGACGUGACUAUCUUCUAAGAUAAAACUGUCACCCUUCCACUGGGGAAUUACCAGCCGAUAUGCUCCUAAUCAGGACUUACCUAGUUCUUAUUCGUCUCACCUUUUGGAUAGGCUGCACAUACGCCGAAGCUGCGAGGGGUUCGGCUCGUCAGUACGGUAUCACCUUAUCCUAAAGUAUACUACUAGCUGUCUGUCGACAGUUAAUGAAUGUUACGCGGUUACCCGCUGUGGCUGAGGGACUUUGGCCCAAAUAUUCAUGCAUAAAAUUCUCAGACCUGAGCCUAUAGAUCUUGAAUAAACUGAUCCACUCCAACUUCGUAGAUAAUUUCUGAGGAAAUUAAAAAGCGACAAUGUCCAAUAUUAUUUUUCAGCUGCGAGGCUGCAAUGCAAACCAUACUUGAGGGUGGGUCAUCCUCUUGCCACUGGGCAGAUGCUUUUUUAUUUACAGUACUAGAGCUCCGCCCGAAUACGCACAUACGACACUCCACCUAGCCAUCCCCACAGACGAUCUCUGUGUCCAACCUAGGCGGAGGUGGAGACACGAAGUAACUGGCCGCCACUUGGUUUGCUAGUGGUCUACACAUGGUGCGUGAAGCCUUUUUGAACGGCGGACCGCAUUCGUCAUUCGGUAACUCAACUGGGGCUUACGGCUCAUUUACAGAUAAUUGGUUUGAUAUGUCUAUCCCCGGCCAUGCCUGAAGGUCUAACUACUGUAUGGUCCACAACUGCUUACCCUUCAGACUAGGCAGCCUGUUCAUUUUACAGCUACUCUUCACUGGUUGUUGCUGCGUCAUCCACUAUCGGUGGGAGUGUUGUGUAGGCUGCAACUGGGCUAGUCAGCAAGACUCGUCCUUCCGGGAUUCAUGUCGCCCACACUUUCAUUGUAUCAUUGGACGUUUCCAUCUACAAAUUUCGAAACUCAGAUAUGUCCUACUUUGCUCUCACUUUUACAUGCUUAUUCGUCCAGGAGACUAUUAAAGAAACAUUGCAACUGUACCACAAUGCCUGCAGUGACACUUGUUGGAAAUUCUGAUCAAAUCAGGCAGAACAUAUUCUUCCUUAAAGUGCAAUACGUGGUCGAAUCUGCCCUUGCCCUAAGGAUAAAUGGUUGGGGCGUGUAACUAAGUACCCCCGUAUUGCGGGCGAGCUUGCACUAAGUUUCAGGGUUCUGGUUAGGUUUAGGGUUAACGUUAGGACAAGGGGAAUAUAUAUCUCCUAGAAUCUAACGCAGUGCCACCUGUAAUACGGCGGUGUACAUAUUCUCGCGUCAAGCCGAUAAAUGCUGUAGCGAAGGAGUUGUAGUAUCAUUGUCGCUAUGGCUAACCAUAAGUCAUAACUGUCUAGGGCGCGCCUUUCGAAUUCGGUUUGAAAUUUCGACCUCCGAGGGAUUUGCUUUUUCCGGGAUUUCUGCCUACUGGACGCUCUGCGGGCCCAUUUGGAUUAAGAAAUUGAAGCGUAAUCAGCAAUUCCUCGAAAGAUCCACUCAGAACUCCGACAGAACUUUCUUUGGGACGACCAUACUCCUUCGUAUCAAUUCUCUGCCAACAGCACCGCGGGGUUCUCCAGAUCCAGAAGCGGCUGAGUCGUUUGAUAUUUACUUCAUAUUUUUGGCUUGGUUAAAAAGCUUCUCCUACACCUUUAAAUACUUCGCCCAUACCUAGAAUCCCUUGCGUAUCGUUUGAAUUAAUAAUGGGAGUCGACAAAACACCAUCAGGACAAUGUGCGAAAAACUCGCCGCAAGUGGGAGUCGAACCCAUGUCCAGUCGUACGGUGACCAGCGACAUGACCGCUAGACUAUCGGCGCAUGCCCAGCCGACUGAAAUAAAUAAGGGAGUAAACAUUAUUCGUAGUACAAACGACACUAUGUAUGAAGGAAAGUCAAUUUAGAAGGCCUUGCCACCUAGGAUUAGCGCUCGCUCUCUUUAUAGUUGCAACCAGGGGCCCGCAAAGCGCGCUAAAAGCGUUAUCACAGCAAAACCUGCUAGUUACGAGGACGAGCCAUGCACUGGAUGCUCAUUUAUUCCGCUGAAAGUCCAAAAACUCGAAAAAGAGUUGACUGCUUUAAGGGAACUCGUGCAAGCGAACGAUAGUAUGCAAAACGCGGUGAAUAGCGCUAAAGUUAGCAAGAAAAAGGGAAAGAGCAAAACUCUAAAACAGCCAAAGAACAAAGCAUGUGGAAAACCUCUGUGCAAGAGCGCCGAUACCCAGGACGAUUGGAAAAUAGCAACGGAGUCUCUUGUUUCUAUGGGAGACAACCCAAGCGAGCCAUCAACUUCUCUCAGCCAUUCCGCGUGUUCAAUAGGACCCUCAGUUGGAAGUGAGGAAACAAGCUCAUGGCAAGAUGGAAAGGGUAAGCGCCACAACGGGAGUAUAGAACCCCAGACGACUCCGGUGGAUCUUCUGAGACCUUCAGCUGACAAGGCCACCGGAAACAGAAAAAAUAAACCCCUUGAUCGUCAGCACUGCGUAGUCGUCCAGGGUCUAUCGGAGUCGGAUGCUCCUACCCCGAAGGAGAGGAUCUCCGCUGACCUUAAUAUGCUUCAACACCUACUGAACGAAAUGCUUAAUUCGAAUGAAAAGAUAACCAUUCGCGCAGCCUUCAGGAUCGGAAAGAAGGUGAGCGAACAAUCAGAAACUGUGCGGCCACGACCUCUGAAAAUUGUUUUGAACAGUAAAGAGGAAGCUAGCUUACUUCUGUCCAGGAAAAGCAGCCUCCGAACCUUUCACAAGAAAGUUUUUUUCAGCCGGACUAUUCUCCAGCGGAACGUCUGAAACGCCGCGAAUUGGUAACGGAGUUGAAGAGGAGACUUGCAGCGGGAGAGAGCAACUUGGCCAUUUUCAGGGGACGAGUAAUACAGAGGAACGCGAUGUUGUUUUGGAACCAGCCAGUCAUCAUGAUGGCGGCAGCAACAUAAUAUUGGCCAACCCGAGACAAACCGAACGAAGCACUGUCGAAUGUUGCAAACUAAAAUUCUUUUACACCAAUGCUCAGAGUCUGUUUUCCAAGCUUGACGAACUGAGAAUACAGGUAGACGAUACUCUUCCCGAUGUUAUAGCAAUAACAGAAAUGUGGCUGUCAGAGGACGUUGGCGAUUGCGAGGUAGCAUUAACAGGAUACCAUUUGUUUAGGAGAGACAGGAGAGGCCGCCGGGGUGGAGGAGUUGCCAUGUAUGUCAAGAGCAACUUAGCAGUGUGUGGGAGGACCGACAAGAUUUCUAACGACACAGAGGCAAUUUGGCUGACUAUAAAGGCGCGGGGAUCUCAGUCCCUCGAAGUCUUAACUAUCUACCGGCCCCCGCAGGCGGAUCCCGACCCAGAUACUUGUCUACUGAAAAGCAUAAAAGAGAUCGCCAGCCGACCAGACGUUGUUAUCAUAGGGGAUUUUAAUGCACCAUGCAUUCAAUGGAGCGAUAUGCAUGCGAAAUGCUCGAUGAAUACCUUCGAUUACCAUCUACUAAAGACAACUCUAGAAGCUCUACUCACGCAACAUGUCCUAUUUCCAACUAGAGCUCGUGGAGGGCAACAGGCCAGUUGUCUGGACCUCGUUUUUACCAAAGAUCCUGACAGUAUAGACGAGGUGUACUACCUACCCCCGCUCGGUCGAAGUGAUCAUGCAGUGCUUUUAUGCGAGUACUUGCUGUAUUCUGAACCGUGUACAAAAGACAAUACGAGGCCAAAUAUAUGGAAAGGGGACUUUCGCCAAAUGAGAGCUGAGGCAUCACAAAUAGACUGGGAUGUUCUCUUCUCCGGAAACGUUAACGAGGACUGGAAUUUAUUCAAGGAUCGUUUACUGCAUCUAAUGAAGAACCACUGUCCCUUAUCAAAGCCUAGGACAUCCAACCGCCCUCAGUGGCUUACACGAGAACUCAAAAGGGAGAUCAACAAGAAAGGUAGGUUAUGGAAAAAAUUUCGCGAGAACAACAAUAAUGCAGCGUUUACAGAAUACAAAGUUCAAAGAAAUAAGGUGAAAAGUCUGAUUUUCAGGAGGCGACGGGAUUUUGAGAGUAAUUUGCUCCACCGAGCCGUUAAAAAUCCGAAAUUGCUCUACAGCUAUUUGCGGAAAAGCACACGUAACAGGAAUCCCAUUCCUGUUAUGAGGGGUGAUGACGGCUUGGAGAUAUCGGACAGUACAAAUAAGGCUGAGCACUUUUCUCAGUUUUUCCGAUCCGUUUUCACAAGAGAAGCAGACUUUACCCCAUCUAAUUCUGAGAACAUGAGAGAUCCCAUUAUCGAAAAUAUUGUGUUUCGAGAAGAAGCGAUUUUGGAAGAACUGAAAAGCUUGAAGGAAUGUAAAUCUCCCGGUCCGGACGAGAUUCCAGCAAAGCUGCUCUUUGAGCUUGCCCAACAGCUGGCCAAGCCACUAUCCUUUCUGUGCCAAAAAUCGUUUGAUGCUGGAAUUCUUCCCACAGACUGGAAGACGGCCCACAUUACACCCCUUUACAAAAGCGGUAGUCGUGCUCAGGCGACAAACUACAGACCCGUCAGUCUGACAUUAAUCUGCUGCAAAGUGAUGGAGAAAACAAUCAAAAAGGAGUUGAUGGCUUACUUGGAAACCCACAACCUCUUGUCCAAUACACAAUAUGGUUUCCGUAGGGGAAGAUCAUGUGUUACGAACUUGCAAAGUUGGACACGAGCACUGGACGCAAAACACACCGUGCAUGUUGCCUAUAUUGAUUUUCGGAAGGCGUUUGACAGUGUUCCGCACCAGCGUCUCCUACACAAGUUGAGAAUUAUGGGUAUCGGUGGCAAACUUCUCAAAUGGAUCGAAAAUUUCCUUGUCGGCCGCUCCCAAAUUGUCUGCGUAGAACAACAGCAAUCAAGGUGCACAUUCAUAGAGAGUGGGGUCCCACAAGGCUCGGUGCUCGGACCAACUCUCUUUCUCUUGUUCAUCAAUGAUUGCGUAGAUGGGUUGGACUGUGAUUGUGCCAUGUUUGCGGAUGACAUAAAAAUCUGGAAAGUCAUCCAGAAUGCUGCCGAUGAGACCAACUUCCAAGAAAAUCUUUGUCGGUUGGACGAGUGGUCCCGCAGAUGGCUCUUGUCCUUCAAUUUGAACAAAUGCACCAUUCUGCGCCUCGGAAAUCAGAGCCCUAGUACGCGACAAUACCAUCUGAACGGAAUGCCACUCAGAGAAGCAGAAACUCAGAAAGAUCUCGGAGUUUGGGUUGCAGACAGCCUAAAGCCUUCUACACAAUGCUGUAAGGCGGCCAAGGCCGCAACGUCAAUGCUAUAUGCCAUCAAGCGGACAUUCGUAGUUUUCGAUAAAGACUGCUUCACCAAAGUCUUCGGCACGUUUAUAAGGCCCCAUCUCGAAUAUGCAAUUCAGGCCUGGAGACCGUGGACGCACCAGGAUUACGAUCUGCUCGAAAGGGUGCAGAGGCGAGCCACAAAAUUAGUAAGAGGUCAAAGUGCACUGCCAUACGAGAUUCGCUUAACUAACCUUAAUCUCUAUCCUCUGAGUUAUAGGCAGUUGCGUGGAGACAUGAUACAAACUUUCAGUAUCGUGCGCGGCUUGGAUUGUGCCCUUCGGUGCGAUGACUUUUUCCAACUCGCCACUACAACUCACCUCCGGGGACAUCCCUUCAAGCUACGUGUGCCACAGGGUAGACUGAAUGUGAGAAAAUAUUUCUUCUCCAACCGUGUCGUGGAACCGUGGAAUAACCUGCCCGAGACGGUUGUUAUGUCUCAAUCUGUGGAGGCAUUUAAAUGUCGCCUUGACAGAUAUAUGCUGCAGCAACAAGCGGACUAUGUGACUUUUUAACCAUGUGACUAGUGACAUAUGUGAGUCAAUGUAUGCAUGCACUUACUGCUGUAAUUUCUUCACAUUUUUGCUUGUUUAUCGAUUUUUUAUGUACAAAUAGGGAGUUCAAAGGCGUAAGCAUAUUUCCCUCAAAUAGACUGACUGACUGACUGACUGACCAACCCUCAUUAUCAUCAGACAGAAAACCCAUUUCGAUCAUCGAUAUUUCAAUUCCUGCGUGCGUUUUUGUCGCUGAAACCACGUACGUACGUCUAGCCAUCUCACUUGCAAAUUAUGUCAUCUAUGACUUCUGGACUGUUCAGUUGUGUCGGAUAAAACUAGCGCUAUUUGCGUAACCAUGGCAAAUAUUUAACUCGGGUAGAGAUGCGGUCAAGGAUAUUAGAUCGGCUUCAGCCAUACACACUGAGUUCGUCCCGUCCAAUGUCAGAAGUCACCGAGUUGCGAGAGCUGAUUCAUUCUAUACACGGAGCAGGUCUCCGUGAGUUGGCUGUUUGCUUGUCAGAACGAAGCGUAUUUUCGGUGGUGCGUAAGGGACGCUGUGCUGUUUACACGAGUCUGAUGUCUGUGCCAGAAUGAGAAGGUGACUAACUGUUGGACGUGUGAUUGGCUAUUCCAUGGGCUGAGGUAGGCUGCGCGUGAUCCCGAAAGCGCACUGGUGACAGGCGACGCCGGCCGACCCGCGUGAGGUCGCGUCAGUUUGUGAUUGUUGUUGUGAGUCAGCGCAGUUGGACAAGAGGUGCUUCAGAUCAAUCCUGAGGGUGACCGCGCGUUAGCGGUGUGCCUGUAGGUUAGCGCGGUUGCCGCUACCGUCAACUUACAAACAGGACACGGAAGAGGGGCACAAUUGUUGACUUUCUUCUUGUAUGUAUGUGAUGGUCGAACUGUUGUGUAUAUGUGUGGGUCCCAGCAUGGCCUUAAGCGCUGUGUGUCUGCUAUGCCAUGAUUCAGAGGACCGUAGUUCUCGCAGCCUGGCAGGCGCUGGCAGUUCCCUGGCACCUGGUUCCCUGCUGGCAGAUGCGCCUGCGCUCCCGCUGCGUGUACAGGUCGUGCACAUGGUUGUCCAAUCAUCCUCAUCUGUCAGGCCCGUUUAUUGUUAGUUAAAAUCCCGGUCAAGUGUUUGUCGUGGAUAAGGACAUGUGCUGUCACGCCUGGGCGGGGGUACGUCCGUGCCAGCUAUUUGCGUCCUCUCCUGCCUUCGGUCUUUUUGCUUUUGCCUCGACGCCGGGCCCUGGUGGGGGAGGGGAGGAGAGAGUGCGGUGGACGCUACCACUAUGAACUAACUUACGCGGCAGUCACCGUGCUUGCUUCACUUUGCUGUGGAGCAUCUGGUGGACAUCAUCCACAACGACGGUCAAACUUUCGGAUCUCAGCAUGUUUCCCAAUCUGCAAUGACGAUUUCUCUGGAACAGAUCCUAUUCCGGCACGUUCUACAUUUGCGACUGUAUUCGAGCGAAUACAUGGCCUGCGCGCAAUUCUUGUAGUCUUGGGUUUAACCACACCUUUCUCCGGUCGUACUGGCUUUAUGUUCCAAAUGGACUAUGAUGUACACUCACGACUCCGUUGCGCCCUUGGAACAACAGCUGUCUUCAUCACAUUGCCUGGGAAAGCCCUCGUGUGCGUGCGUGCCGAAACCCCACAACAGAUUGUAUUGUUGUGGUAGGUGUGAUUUGGUGCCGAGCAUGUGUGGCACCGUGCCCGCUCCUGUUCCCCUGAUCACCAACGCAGGCACAACUUUAUGACUUCGCGACUCCUCGUCGCCCCUCCAUGCCCGUCUCGAUGAGUGGAGUUGUUUUUCAAUCCCUUCCUGGACUCUCCCGCACUAGGACUGAAGCCUCCAAAAAGCUCAUUGCGAAAAGGUCCGUCUGGCCUAGUGUGAAUAAAAACGUCAACGCUUGGACCCGAUCGUGUCUGAGCUGCCAGUGGCACGAGGUGAGGCGUCACAACAAAUCUCCAGCCCUGACGCGUGGUUCAACCAUGUUCAUCUGGAUGUUUUAGACUCUCAAUGGCUUCACUCACCUUACCUGCGUCGGUCGGCACACCCGUAGAUCCGAAUCCAUUUCUCUGGUGAGCGUGGGGCUGGACACCAUCAUUAAGGCUUCCGCCGGUCGUUUGGUUGUCAUUUCCAGUGCCCCAUCAACGAUUGGUACAGACCGAGGUGCCUAGUUCGAGUCUGCACUCUUCCAAACCUUAUUCGCUUUUCGUGGCUAUACGCGCAUUCGGACGGCAGCAGUCAAUGACAUGACCGAGUGUUCCCACCGCCAACUAAGGACAGAUCUGCACGCUGUAGUAGACCUAAAAAUUGGUUGAACCUCCUGUCUCUUGCGCCUUUUGGCGUCCGUGCAUCAUUGAAGUCGGAGCUAGGGUCAGAUCUUAUUUCGUAGGCGUACCUGCAGUAGACAAGCCCCUGCCUAACCCCUAACAGGUACGGCUACGAAAUAGGAUCUUGCCGGAACUGGGCUUCAGCGCCGUCGAAUUUAUGUUCGGCACUACCCCCCGACUGCCAGGGGAGAUAUUUGCGCCAACCCUACUAGAGGCCUGACAUCUUUGUGCGGAACUUCCGGCGUUUGCUGUCCCCUAUCCCUCUGCGAACUCCACCGACCCAAUACGAUGCCUAAAAGUGCUUGGCCGACUGCACUCACGUGUUCGUUCGGUUUGACUAUAUGCACAAGCUGCUGGAACCGCCAUAUAAAGAACUGUUCCGGGUACUCUCAGGCAAUGUCACGACCCGCCGGAUCCGUCGCGGGGACAAGGACGGUCCGACCCAAGGCUGAUGUGCCAGAGGCACCGCCGGACUAAAAGUGUGCUAACCUAAGUCCCCUGCUCCUCCCCUACCCUCUGUCCCUCCAUCUUUCUACCUCCCGCCCCGCCAUAUCUGGUACUUCCAAAUGUAACCCCAUCAUCCUCCAACCCUUCUACGGCGGCACGCGCUCACUCUUUUCCUGCCCCUCCGGUUUAUGUCACACGUAGUGGAUGCCAUGUUCACUUUCCUGACCGAUCGGUUACUCAGGUCUCGUGGACACGGACAACUGCUUUGGCGUCGUCACAAGCCUCCUUCGAUCUAGCCCGGAGGUAUUGUGGUGGCCGCCAGCGUGACCACCUCCUCAUGCCGCCUUCAAUCCACCCCCACGCUCCCUGUCAAUCAUAGCUUGAGCCGCGCGAGACUUGGCACCAGCAUGGCGAGAGUCCGAGGCUGAUUGUCAUCGCGUAUUUUGCCGAUUACUUACAAGCGGGCAAAAGCCAGGUGCACGCAAGUGCUUCGAAUCGGAGCUACAGCCCCAACCGCUUUUACCUGACUGAAGAGAAUGCUUGCUACCUCGGCCUCCUGAGCUUCGUGUACGUUCACUCCCUUCAGUAUAGCUUGUCGAACAACUCUGUCUUCCCUGGCCUGUGA